UCUACUUGCCUGCCACGUGGAGGUGGUUAUCAUAUAUGUGAAGUGAAGAUAGCCGAUUCAUCACUUUCGAUAGCAGAAGACCAUAUGUCUUAUUCUGUCUUCUUCCCUGUUCUUUCUCUUCUUCUGAUGAUCGGAAACUAUGACAAUGUAGGAUUCUUGGUAUACGGUGUAGUUGAUGAAUAUCGAAGAGAUGAUUUCCCCGCUGAAUUCGUUUUUGGUUCCGCAACUUCCGCCUAUCAGAUUGAAGGAGCAGUGCUGGAAGAUGGAAGGAGCUACAGCAUUUGGGACACAUUCGCUCAUUCAGGGGGGCCCUGGUAUAAUGGAGCAAAUGGAGACAUAGCAUGUGAUGGGUACCAUAAAUACAAGAAAGACAUUCAACUCAUGGCAGACAUGGGUCUGGAAGCGUAUAGAUUCUCCAUCUCUUGGUCAAGACUCAUCCCAAAUGGAAGAGGACCUCUCAAUGUAAAGGGCUUACAGUACUAUAACGAUGUCAUCAACAGCCUUAUCGCCCAUGGAAUAGAGCCACAUGUUACAUUACAUCAUAUAGAUCUACCACAGAUACUUGAAGAUGAAUAUGGAGGAUGGAUUAGUAGAAAAGCUGUGAAAGACUUCGUUGCAUAUGCUGAUGUUUGCUUUAGAGAAUUUGGUGAUAGGGUUCUACACUGGACGACUUUUAAUGAAGGCAAUAUAUUUAGUUUAGGUGGCUAUGAUUUUGGUGGCUCACCUCCUGGACGUUGUUCUUCUCCAUUUGGGGUAAAUUGUAGCAAAGGUGACUCUACUUCUGAGCCAUACCUUGUAACUCACCAUUUGCUUUUGGCACAUGCAUCAGCUGUAAGACUCUAUCGCCAAAAAUACAAGGUGAUGCAGCAUGGUUUUGUUGGAAUAAAUGUGUAUGCAUUUUGGUUUGAACCAGAUACAAACACAACUGAAGAUAUCAAAGCUGUUGAAAGAAUUCAGGACUUCUAUGUGGGUUGGUUUAUGAAUCCUUUGGUGAAUGGGGACUACCCAGAAAUAGUGAAGAAGAAUGCAGGAAACCGAAUUCCAACUUUUACUAAACUUGAAUCAAAGAGAAUCAAGGGUUCAUUCGACUUCUUUGGCAUAAACCACUAUCAAACAUUAUAUGUGAAGGACAAUCCUAGUAGUCUUAAAACGGAUCCUAGGGAUAUUGUUGCAGACAUGGCAGUAUCGUUUACAUUUGCUACUGGAAGAGAAAUCCCACCAAUUGAUCAGGUGGCUCCAUUGGGUCUCCAAAAGCUUCUUAACUAUGUGAAGGAAAAAUAUGGAAAUCCUCCUGUCUACAUCCAUGAAAAUGGAAAAGAACAACCACGUAAUGGAACAUUGAUGGACACCCCAAGGGUAGAGUACUUGCAUGCGUAUAUUGGUGCUUUGUUGGAUGCAAUAAGACAUGGUAAUUACAGGAAUGGAUCAAACACGAAGGGAUAUUUUGUCUGGUCCUUCUUGGAUCUCUUUGAACUGUCGGGUGGCUAUACUUCGGGUUAUGGUCUGUACUAUGUUGACAUGGAUGACAUGGAGCUGACAAGAUAUCCUAAGCUCUCUGCACACUGGUAUGCCAAUUUUUUGAAAGGAAAGAAUAUCAGUGGCAUUAUUCCCAAAUUGAAAGUUGAAGACGCUUUCUCUUCUUCACAUUAGAUUCGGUCAUUCUUUAUUUUCAUAACCAAAUACUUGUAGUAUUAUUGAUACCAAGUUGACGAUACUUGGCUAGAUUUCUGUAGUUGAAUCUUGAAUGCGUAAUUUGUUGUGUGUACAUGAAUCUGUAUGGAGAAAAAUGUUGAUUAAAUCAUACUAGAGUGUUUAAAUU